CUCGUUCCGUGGUCCCAUCCAAAGCUCGAUGGUGCUGCUCCCUCUGUUUCCAGCGCCUCUGCGCCGCGAGUCAAAAGUGAAGCUUAUCAAAGCGUACAGCAAAGCCCUUCUUCAUCCAAAGCCAGUUCCACUUCAGCAGGUCCACCACCACGAGGGUCACCUUCGCCUCGUACCAAUAGCUCCAAACGAUCCGACUCAAUGGGACUGCUGUGUUGCGCCGCUAAAUGCUGCGGCUGCAUGGCGCUCUCACAGCUCUGCGCGCUGUUGCUGCCUCUGGGCAUUUUGGCUGCGCUUGGCCUGCUUUUCUACACGUACGCAAUCCCGUGGGGCGAGGACCAGAUUCGGCAGGCGCUCAACCUCGCGUCCGACGUCGAUAUUGGCGACCUCAACGCCAGUUACGUCGAGGCCAACAGUUGCUCUGGAUGCGUCUUCGGUAGCAACACGCAGUGGCCUACCAACACCACAGGCACGUUGCAUUUCUUGGACUCUAAGGCCGGCAGUACAGCGUCGGGUGUCAUCGCCACCUCUUUGGCUGGCGCGGCAGUGAUUGGUACAGGCUCGAUCCUCUGGGCUUCGGCGAUGCCCAGCGCUGCUGCAGCGCUGAGUUUCUCCGGAGGCUUCUAUGAGAUGACGCACAUCGUCGAGCAGGCUCAAUUCGUUGGUAUGAUCAGCCAACUGAGAAUUGAAGGCGCCCCGACGUUUCUGAUGCAGUUCUCCAAGGAGCUGUCAUGGACGAAUUUCAACUUGAUUAAAGGAAGUAGCGAUGACUCUAGCAGCAGUGGAAGCGAUAGCGACGGAACCCGGAGACUAGACGAUUCCAGCUCAAGCGCGACAGGUUUUGUCGCCGCUGCUGGAGAGUCAGGACCGGCAAGAUAUGCCGCUCUGAUCGGCGUUGAUGCCGAUGACCUUUUCUUCUACACACUCGUGACCUUUGUCGUUGUGAUUGCAGUGCUGCACGCGCUGUAUUUGGUGUUCGUCAUGGUCGUGGGUGCCAUGUCCAAGCAGGAAUCGUUCGGUGAAGUGGCGCGUAAAUGGUAUCGCAAGGUUAUCUGGGCCGGUGUGCUGGCUCUGCUGUUGGCUCAGUACAUGUUCGCAAUGGCGGGAAGUUAUUUCGUUUCGGAAGGAUCUUCAAAUGACUCGGCCAAUGGUUCUAGCUCACGAUACGCACUGGGUAUUGUCGCUCUUGCGGCUGUUGUGCUCUUAGCUCUUGGACUUGGUAUCAUCGUUGUUGGGAACAACACAGAUGAACUUAAAGACGUGGGAACCUAUGAGCACGACCAGCGAGCGUUCAGCAGCAAAUACAGCGCCUACUACGACGAGUACAACUUCGACAACCGCUUCUUCUUCGUGCCUCGCAUUCUCCUGGCAGUCAUGACUGGAGCGAUCGUUGGGAUUGUUCGCGAUGCCACGACUCAAUUGCUAUGUAUCAUGGCUAUUACGAUGGUGUACUUGAUCUUGCUCCUCAUCCGUCAGCCGAAUCUGCUGCGGUUCCUGUACUACAUCGGUAUCGCGUCGGUAUUCAUGAAGGUGGUGCUUAUCUGCCUUAUGCUCAUCGUGGCCAGAGACGACUACUUCCCGCAGAACGUGCGUGACAAUGUGGCCUACGGUAUCAUCGGAGUGAACAUUUUCAUCUUCUUUUUACUGUUCGUACGCCAAGCAUACACGAUUGUCCACAAGAUGGUUAUCGCCUGCCGUCAUAAGAAGAACGGCAAGGACUCGAGCUUGGAUGCUACUGACAUCAAUCUCGAGUUUGGAAACAACAUGUCCACCAACGUCCGCAGUUACGAGCAGGUGGAGAACACACCAGCAGGCCAGGGUGUGGAUUGGUACGCGAACAAACAGCUACAAGAACAACGGCAUAACCAGCAACUACAACAACAGCAACAACAGUACCAAACGCAGACUAGCGCAAUGUCCGGUUACAGCACUCAGAGCUCCCGCAGUGGACACUCCGAUAAUGUACCAAUGCUGGAGCCACCUCCAGAGCCUGUCCCGGUCUUCAGUCGAUCACGAGGAAAGAUUCGUCCACCGGUGUCUCGCAACCAGCAGUACUCAUUUGGAGACUCGACGCGUAGCGCAGAUGCCUUUGAAGUGAAUAAUGCUGCACCAGCUCCCGCCCCUGCUCCUGAACCUGAACCGGAAAUUCCGACGUACGAUGUACUGUCAGCUUACCUCGGGACGAACAAAACUGGUGACGAGGCUGCAUACUCCACGUCACCAAAGUCUGGAAGAGGACAGUCGUCGAGAGGCCAGCUCUCGUCAAGAGGACAGAAUUCUUCAAGAGGUCAGAACUCUUCGAGAGGCUUGGCAUCGUCCAGGGGUCCGCCGUCAUCGAGAGGUCAAUCAUCGAGAGGAGGAGCUGCUAUGUCCGGAUCGGGCGUUGGCUCACGUCCAUCGACGGUGCCGCUCGACGCGUACGCAGAGAGUUUCUCCGGUUCGGGUGUCAGUAGCUCUUCGUCGAGACGGAAACGUAGUUUUGAUAUGGAUUCGUUGCGCAAGGAUGUGGAUAUUGACGAUGUGGAUAUCGAUGACUUUUCAGCUGCGCCUUCAGCGCCCAGCAAGCAGUUUAAUCCUGGUGCAUCGAGUGUAAGUCAGCAGUUUGCUCCUGGUGCGUCACAAGCCAGCUCGGUGGCUAUGAUGCAGUCGUACGUCAACUUCUCGGACUCGAUGGUUUCGUCUGUCAGCAGCCAAAGCACCGUGAAGCAGGACAACACGUUCUCAGCGGCGAUGGGCGCUGCUGCUCAUCAGUCCAACAAAAGUGGCGGCUAUGGUAGCAGUCCUCAGGCCAAGAUGUCGAUCUUCUCGAACGACUCGGAGAACAGCUUUGACGGGGACAGCAGCGGCUGGUUCAAGGCUCGAUCAAAGACCGUGGUCAGUACGGAUGAGGAUGGAAACGAAGCCAACGAUGUGGAAGGCCAGAGCUACGAACUUGGUCCGCUUGGUGUGACCAAGUCAGCCUUCUCGCGCGACUCGAUGGACUCGUACGGCUACCAGUCGACGGCCAAUUUCGCGACAUCUCGUGUGGAUUUCAAUGCCCAGAGUCGAAUCACUGACAAUGGUAGUGACGAUGGCAUGUAUUACCCUUCACGUCGACGAGGAACAGGCUCCUCGAACCAGUCAUCGAACCAGUCGUUCCUUAGCGCCCACUCGGACGAUAGUGCGUCGUACUAUGACGUCGACAAAGUCCGCCGCGACGACCACCCCAAUACCUUAACGCUCUAAAUGCGUUCGCUUCCGAGUGAUAGGAAAGCCACCAGCUCUAGGAGUAUCUGUAUGUAUAAUGGAGUUGGUAUCAAUCACAAUGUGCAACCAGUUCAACGUCCUAGUCGUCGCUUUGUCUUGGUAUCGAACACAACUCAAUUAAUGUGACCC